AACCGAACUCAACAUGAACGGGCAUCUUAUGCUUUACACUGGGGUUACCCUGGCCUUCUGGGCCACACUUAUCAUCGUUGGAACCUGUUAUACAAUAUUUGAUCUGGGUUUCCGAUUUGAUGUGGCAUGGUUUCUAACUGAAACGUCCCCAUAUAUGUGGGCAAACCUUGGCAUUGGAUUAUCCAUUUCUCUUUCUGUUGUAGGAGCUGCAUGGGGUAUUUAUAUUACAGGUUCCAGUAUUUUAGGAGGUGGUGUAAAAGCUCCCCGUAUUAAAACCAAAAACUUAGUCAGUAUCAUUUUCUGUGAAGCUGUGGCAAUUUAUGGUAUCAUUAUGGCUAUAGUAAUCAGCAACAUGGCAGAGCAAUUUAAAGGUACAACACCAGAAGCUAUUGGAAGUCGCAACUAUCAUGCUGGUUUUUCCAUGUUUGGGGCAGGCCUCACUGUAGGAUUUUCGAACCUGUUCUGCGGAAUUUGUGUGGGCAUUGUUGGCAGUGGGGCAGCACUUGCUGAUGCCCAAAACCCCAGUUUGUUUGUUAAGAUCCUAAUUGUAGAAAUCUUUGGCAGUGCCAUCGGCUUGUUUGGUGUGAUUGUUGCUAUUUUGCAGACAUCUAAAGUAAAAAUGGGAGACUGAAGUACCACAAGGAGUAUUAAAGUGAAGCUUGCAGUGUGCAGGCUGUUGGUUCCUCCAUGACGGAGAUCAAAAGGAAACAGACUACUAUUUAUUCCAUGUGUUCCAUUCUGACUUGGUCAGAAAAGCUGCCCUCAUUUUUUUUUUUUUUAUUUUACUCCUUCUGAAACGUGCUGUAAAGAUGGUGUAUAUAGUUUUAUUCAUCAGCUGUUGCCUUGUUUUAGGACUGUGUGAGAUUCAAAUAUAUACAUGUUUGUGAAGGUUGAAAAGCAGUUCCUUUUUAAUCAGCAGCGUAUUUUCAUUCCUUUGGAUAUUGCAAUAAUUUUGGGAAUCUGGUCAUACAUAAAAUUAAAUAGUGCUUAUGUAGAAUUGCCUCAAGAAACUUAAAUUCAGGUUGUUUUGUAGCCCCCCCCACCCUUUGGCUGAUUUAAGCACUGUGGUAUGCUUAAACUGAGGGAGUGAACCAUUUACGUUAUAUACAUGCUUUUUGUUCUUUGUAUGCCAUGUAAAUCAGUUCUGGCACAUUUUUCACAAGUUAAAGAUCAUUGACCAGUUUUUCCUAUGAGUUUACAUACUGUACACAGAAGUUCAGGUUUAUGGGAAUUAAUCAGUGUAAAUCCCCUGUUUAGCCUUUCCAUAAAUAAAAUUUUGAUGCUUUUAUUCACUGCAAUGCCAAACAGUAAGAAUAUUCCUGCUAUUAUCAAAUUAGCGCCCUGCCUAUUUAAUGUGACAAAUCAAAUUCCUUUCUUGCAUGAAAGUGAAACCGUACCCUAUUGUUUUUCUGUAAUGUUUAAAUGGCAUUAAAAUAUCAUGGUUUA